AUGGCUUAUAGUUCGAAUAAAGAGCAUCCUUGGUUUGAAAUUUGCCAUCCACGUCCAUCUGCUGAAUGGCAAGUUUUUAUUUUUCCUGCAGCUGGAACAGCAGGUUCAUUUUACAAGGAUUGGGAUCGAAACUUUCCUGAAUAUGAAUUCUCUAUUAUAAUCUAUCCUGGCCGAGCAAAACGACUUGGGGAACGAUUACUUACAACGAUCAAGGAAUACUUAGUUCAAUUGCAUCGCGAACUUCUUCCAUACAUAACGAAACCAUGCAUCUUUAUCGGACAUAGUGUGGGAACAGUGAUUAGCUUUGCAUUAGCAAGACAUAUGAUCGAAGCAAGAAAUAAAGGAGACUUAAUCAAAUUAUUAGUUGAAAUGUCGCGAGGACCACCACAUAUACAAGAUGCGGAUAAAUCAUUCACUAUUAUGACAGAUGCUGAACUUGUUGAAAAUUUAAAACUUAUGUCAGAUCCGAAAAGCAGAGAUGCUUUCGAUUAUAAACCAUUUGUUGACAUGUUGAUUCCCAUUUUAAGAGCCGAUGCGAAACUCGGUGAUGUUUUGAUCCCAUCGAAUCCAAUCAACAUUCCAAUUGUCGUUUACAGUGGCGAGAAAGAAGAAAACUUAACCGAAGAAUUUCUCAACCGUUGGAUCGAAUUGACUACUGUCAAAGAUCUCUUUCGUGUUCGCAUCUUUCCUGGACAUCAUAAUUUCCAUUCUGAGCACCCCGAUCAAGUUUUACAGUGCCUGAAAGAAGACUUCAAUCAAAUUAUCAUGUUGACGAAGGUCUGA